CUGCACUACGGGACCCUCCUGGGCAGCAGAGCUUGUGCCCACAUGGCAGCAGCUGCCUGGGCCAGUGCCUUUCUCUACUCACUGCUGCACACAGCCAAUACAUUUUCCCUGCCCCUGUGCCAUGGCAAUGCCCUGGACCAGUUCUUCUGUGAAAUCCCCCAGAUCCUCAAGCUCUCCUGCUCCAAAUCCUACCUCAGGGAACUUGGGCUUCUUGCUCUAAGUGUCUGUGUAGCCUCAAGCUGCUUUGUGUUCAUUGUUUUCUCCUAUGUGCAGAUCUUCAGGGCUGUGCUGAGGAUCCCCUCUGAGCAGGGACGGCACAAAGCCUUUUCCACCUGCCUCCCUCACCUGGCUGUUGUCUCCCUGUUUCUCAGCACUGGCUUUUUUGCCUACCUGAAGCCCCCCUCCAUCUCCUCCCCAUCCCUUGAUCUGGCCCUGUCAGUUCUGUAUUCGGUGGUGCCUCCACGUAAAAGGUAA